GGCCGCAGAGUUGCUCGGCGUGCUUGUGCAGCGGGCAGCCGGUGCAGCAGGAGGCGGAGAAAAGCCGCACCGCUGACGCAACCAUGGAGACGGACGGAGAGCAGAACCAGCAGGGGGCCUCGACCAAUGGGAGCGCUGCGUCUGGGACGAGCUCCCGGCCCUCUCCGAUGAACUCCAUGUCUCUGUAUGAAAGACAGGCGGUGCAGGCCCUGCAGGCACUACAGAGGCAGCCAAAUGCAGCUCAAUACUUCCAGCAGCUGAUGCUGCAGCAGCAGAUCAACAACGCGCAGCUGCAGAACCUGGCUGCUGUGCAACAGGUAAAGGCUACUCUGGCUGCCAGCCGUCAGUCAAGUCCCUCCAGCAGCAGCUCUUCUCAGACCACCAGCACUACCGCUGCCAGUGUAACGUCUGGAUCGGGAUCUACGACCAGCAGCCGUCCUAUGGGAGCCUCAGCGACAUCCACAAUCAGCCAAUCAGUGCUGCUGAGUGGGACGGCAGGUGGGCAAGGACAAAUGUACCUGAGGGUCAACCGCUCCCUGAGAGCCCCCAUCUCCUCGCAGCUCAUCUUCAUGCCCGGCAGCACGGCAACUGCUGCUGUGGCAACCGUCACCCAGCAACCACAGGCUCAGCAACAGCAACAGGAAGUGACUCCAGCUUCCUCCUCCAGCAGCCAAUCAGAUAAUGAUCAGGUGCAGAAUCUCGCCAUGCGAGGUGUGUCCAGUCCCAAAGGUGUGGGUGUUAAGACUGAAGCCCCCGAGAGGAGUGACUCAGCUGCCUACUCUUUGGUCCAGCCCUCCCACCAAUCGAGCGCCCAGUCCCCUACUAAACCAAGCCAGCCUCAGCCCCAGCCGCCCCACAUCAAGAUCCCCACCUACCCCCAGCCUGCGAAUCUCAAAACCCACUCCUCCUCUUCCUCUGGUGCCUCAUCUUCCUCCUCAUCCUCCACCUCCUCCAUCCCCCUCUCCCAGCUACUGCUUCACGGAACCCGAACCCUGACCACAGGGACCACAGCUCCCACAGCAGCACACACUCUGGUCCUAACAUCCAACGCGGGAUCUCAGCCCCACGGUUACCCCGUUGGCACGGCAACCAUCAAACCAGCGGUAAACGCUCAGACUCUGGUGGUGCAACCUUUGCAGAAAACCUCACUCAGUGCCGAGAAAUCAGGCCACGGAAACGGACCCAUCCCCAUCCAACCCAAAACUUUGCAAGGGUUGCGUCUGCCUCUCCAGCUGCCUUCUAGGAACCCUCCUCCCAUCCUGCCCGCCCCACCGCCUGCCAGCAGCUCCACCCAGCCUCCCCAGCCACCACACAUCCCGGUGCAGAUAGUGGGGGCCCGACAGAGCACCCUGGGGAACGCCCAGGCUCUCGCCUUGGCCCGGGGCAGCUGCAGCCAGGACGGAGCCGCCGUCCUCAGCAGCUCGUCCAGCCUGCUUACCAUGGUGGCGUCCAUCGCUUCCAGGGAGGGCGGGGUCGUGGGCAGAGGGGUGGGGCUAAAGACGCUUCAGUCGCCCCAGGAGGCUCCCCCGUUGGCUCAGGUGUCUCAUGUGCAUCCGCAGGCCAAUCAAAGCUCGGGACAGAGUCAGAACGGACCCCUGUCUUCAAACCCCGCCUCCUCCCAAUCCCCUGCUGUAUCGUCUCCUCCCCCCUCGCUGUCCUGCUCCUCCCUCUCUCUCCCCCUGGUGGCUGAAGAGCAGAGAGGAGCAUCGGUCGGUGUGACCACCAACGGAGACUCAUUGGGAGCUCAGACGCCGCAGGUUAAACAGAUGACCAGCUCUCUUAAAAGAAAAUCAGACUCCAAUUCAGCCAACGAUGAGGACGGUCCCUCUCCUCCACGGCUCCCACCCGUUAGAGAACGCACCUCAGCACUCCCGGCCAACCCUGUGGACGCAGGCUCCGGUGCUGUUCCUCCUCCGACUGCCUCCUCUCCUUCUCCGGUGCUGUCGGUGUCCCGUGGGGCCUGCGGUCACGGGGAGAGAGCUCCACCUCCUCAAGCGGUGGUGAAACCGCAGGUUUUGACGCACCUCAUCGAGGGCUUCGUCAUCCAGGAAGGGGCGGAGCCUUUCCCUGUGUGCGGUCCGGUAAAGGAUUCGACCGGCGAAGAUUUGACCAACGACAGUCCAGACACGAACCAAUCGGAGACGGUUACCACGGCAACAGUGCUGAAGUGUGAGUACUGUAAAAACUUUGCUCCUGCCAGCCAGUUCAGAGGCACCAAAAGGUUCUGCUCCAUGUCUUGUGCCAAGAGUAUGUAUUGGUUCCCCAGGUACAACGUCAGCUUCAGGCAGCACUUCUGCGUGCGGCAGGGUCACAGCCAACGCCAAGCCCAAGAUCACGCUCCGGAUCAGGACCAGAACCAGGGUCACCUCUCCAACUCGGACGAGGAGGGAGGCAUAGCCAGGAGGAGGGUUCCCCGCAGGACCAGCUCUGAGAUAGCCAGCGCCAAGAUAGCUGGGAGACCCAUACCAGUCAAGUGCCGUUCAGAGUCCAGCCAUUCAGACGAGGAGUCCAGCGGGGAGGAGGAUGAAGACGACCCCAUGUCCCUCUCGCCUGCAUCCUCAGCUUCCUGCCACCAGCAGCCUCCUCCACUCCCAACGGAGAGCUCGGCGCCCAGCUGCCUGCCGACCAGUCCGGCCCAGUGGAGUGUGGAGGACGUGUCGCAGUUUAUUUCCUCGCUACAAGGCUGUGAGGAACUCGCCUCCCAGUUCCUGUCGCAGGAAAUCGAUGGCCAGGCUCUGCUGCUGCUGAAGGAGGAGCAUCUCAUGUCCACCAUGAACAUCAAGCUGGGUCCUGCCCUCAAGAUCUGCGCUCACAUUAACAACCUGAAAGAUUGAUGUCCGCGUUUCAAUAAAUCCACCGAUGUUUAAGCCCCGGGCAUUCACCCCAAACUCCCGUUCUGCACCCAGAUCAGACGUGAAACUGGCUCCAGAGCAGGCGAAUGUAAGAGGUACUGUUCAUUUUGAGCCGAGACUGUGGCUGCAGAGUCUGCUGUUGGCUUGUUCGGUCACAUUUGCACAGGAAUAUUGUCGCUUCCUUGCAAAGCUGUCAUGUCUGCAAACAUACUACAAAUGGCCAGCUAUAUUUUGUUGUCCCCAAAAUCAGUACUUGCAGUCAGAAGAAGUCUUUUAAAAAAAUGCAUAAAUGAAGGUUUUGAAUGUAUGUUAAAUGCAGAAAUCACUUGUAAGAUGUAAUGAGCAAACAAGGAACAAGUUAAGUCUACAGUACCUGCACAGGAUUCACACAUUUUUGAAGUUAUCUACAAACAGAGCUGCUCUUUUCACAGACUUCUGUUAUU